GACUCGUCACUUUCCGUCCAGCUGCAUCCACUGGUCCUCCUCACCAUCUCCGACUACAUAACGCGCCACUCUAUGCGCAAGCAGGAAGGCCCAAUUGUUGGUGCUAUCAUCGGUCAGCAAAAUGGACGCACCAUCACCAUGGAGCAAGCCUUCCAGUGUAAGACCAAGGAGAUAGGCGACAAAGUCUUGGUCGACGAAGAGUGGUUUGCCGAGCGUCUAGAACAGUUCAAGGACGUUCACAAGGCCCCUCCGCUCGAUCUGGUCGCCAUCUUCACCCUCGCUCCCCCCUCAGGUCCUCUCCCCGAACAUGUUCCUAUCCUCCAGCAGUUGCAACACUCGUACAACGACUCGCUCAUGCUCCUACUCUUCCAUCCUCAGACCAUCCUUGACGGUGCCCUCACUGGCGGAAAGCUACCCAUCUCUAUCUACGAGUCCUACUACGAACCUGGCAGCGAAAAUGCGGACAAGGGUCUACAAGUCGACGGCUGGGCCAUGGGUCGCCAACUGCAGAUGCGUUUCCGCCAAUUGCCCUUCGAGGUCGAGACUGGAGAGGCCGAGAUGAUCGCUGUCGACUUUGUUGCAAAGGGAAGCGGCUCCGCUGCUGUUCACAACUCGGCCACUCCUCCUUCAAAAGCCAAGGGUCGUGCUGAGGAUGGAGCUGCUUCCAACGACGUUCAACUCAGUGCCGCCGAUGAAGAAGUCAUCUCGUCCCUCACCGCCAAGUACAACGCCAUCAAGAUGCUGCACCAACGCAUCAACCUCAUCAAGGCCUACCUUGCCGAACUACCACAAUCAUACCUCACCGACGCCUCCAUUCCCGCCGGCCCGAGCGACCCUCCCCUCAACCACCAACUCCUCCGCGAAAUCUCUUCCAUGCUCUCUCGUCUUCCUUUACUCGCCCCUCCCACCACUCAAUCAUCUACCACAAUCCCCGUGCCAGGAAUGCUUCAAUCCGCCCUCGCAACAGCUUCUGCACAGGAACAGUCAGACGUGCACAUGGUGUCGCUGCUCGCCUCUCUCACUCGCACAGUAGCUCAGGCCAAGGACAUGGGCUCCAAGUAUUCAAUUGUGCAAAAGGCAAAGACGGAUAAG